AUGCAAGAAGAUUGGAAACCAAAGUUAAAAAUGAUUUUUGAUAGCAUUGAAGAUGCUUGGAAGUUUUGGGUUGAUUAUGGUGGAAAAGUUGGAUUUGGGGUGAGGAAACAAUAUUAUAACAAGCACAAAAAUGGUAUAAUUACUUCUUACAGGUUUGUUUGUUGUAAAGAAGGUUUACAGAAACCAGAUAAACGAGAUUAUAAAACAAUCAAUCCAAGGCCAGAGACCAGAACAAAUUGUCAAGCAAGAUUAGGACUUAAGAAUAUGGAUGGUAAAUUUAUGGUUGUUGAUUUUGUGGAGGAACAUAAUCACAAUUUACAUUUGCAAGAAACAACUCAAUGUUGCCAUCUCAAAGAAAAGUCUCUCAAAUUCAAUGUCACCAAAUUGAUCUAG